AUGGCAGGCCCUGAAGAAGCAUUCGCAGGGCCGGUUUUGAGCCUGUUAUGGGAAGCAGCACUGACGGAAACCGCGAUUUGUGCGGCCUGGUUAUGGGGAUUUCAGUUCUCUAGGAACUCGGAACAAGACAGCACCCAGGCGGCGUUCAAGGGCAUGAAUCUGUACCAAGUCUUGGGCGUUGACAACGACGUGUCGGCUGAGGACCUCAAGAAAGCAUACAGAAAGAAAGCGCUAGAGCACCACCCGGACAAAAACCCUGAUAACCCAGAAGCUGCACACCAGCGGUUUGCAAAGGUGCAAGAGGCCUUCGAGACUCUAAACGAUGACCAACGACGAGCUGGUUACGACUACGACCUCGCCCUCGGAGCAUUCAAACGAGAAGAGCCAACAGAGGAAGGUCCACCCGAACCCACGUUCGUUGCUCUCUGGGAUCCCUUCCUAUGGCUUGGUGUUAUCAUCGUCUUCGUAUCUCUGUCUCUGCGUUUGGUAUUCAAGGGCGCUACUUUGGCAUGGCGUGGUGCAUCGCUUCUGUGGAAACAGUUGACGCUGGCUAACGCUUUCAGUAAACCUCGGUCUGCGACGUCCCAAUCCGAACGUUUCUCGCCAAGUCGGGUCCAAGAUCCAUCCUCCAAACUGACGCACCCAUUUUUGCGGUUCGACCCAGUAAAUUACCAAACGCAGAAGUCACGGGGUUGGGGCACUAUCGACCCAGACGACAUCACCGACUAUCUCAUCGCUUUCGGGCAGCUGCCGGAUAACACGACUGGGAAGGAAAUUCUGUUGCGAAUGGGUAACCUCUUCCAAUGCAUCGCGAUGGACGAGGCACGCUUGGGCGGACGGAAGCUUCCCAAACUCGGCGAUGUUUCUCAACCAUGGUGUCCCGGUGAUCUGUCCUUCCCGCACGAGCCGACGAAGGACUAUGCUUCCGACUUUUAUGAGCAAUGGAGAAUGUUCGAGACGAGGAAAGAUUUCUCUUGGAUUCCCGUUGGUGGUGGAUUCGGUCUUCGAGAGAAGGAGAUGGUGGGAGAGACGAAGAGGGUACAAGCAGAGGUGAAGACGAGGUAUGUGGAGAUGGUUAGGAAACUGGCGACUGAUUUCCAGCAGAUAGACCCUAGAUUCAUUCGAUACCAGACGUAUCUCGAGCAACACGGCUAUACCACAAAGAAUGCGGACCACCAAACCAGCAAGUCGAGGAAGAAAGGCAAAAAACAGUAA